AUGUCCGAAUAUACAUCUACACGCGAAGGCUUCCAACGCGCCAUGGAAUGGUCGCUCCAAGGAAACCCCGAGGAAGCAAAAUCUUAUGCAGAAGCCACAUCACUCCCAACCUUUUACCAUCAGAUGAAUGGUCGGCGUUUAGCAUAUGACGACUACGUCAAAGGUAUUGUUGAGUGGCGUGGCAAAGUCAGCGAGUAUAAACCUGUCGUGCACGAGUUCCUUCGCGAUGGUGAUCAGUUGGCCGCCCGUAUGACCGGCACGAUCAAGGUCAGUGGUUCAGAUACUCAAUUCGAGAGUUUCAUGUUCGGCAAGGUCGACAAAGCGACCGGGAAGAUGGAAUGGCUUGUUGAGCGGUCGGUCUGGGGCCCUGCUGGUGGUGCACUUGAGCACGGUGUUAAUUAG